AUGCAUGUAGCGUGCGAAACGCUCACGUCAAUUCUGCAGGGUUGGCAGGCCAGGGAACGUCUUCAAAGCCCGCUCUCACAAAACGGACCAAGUCCAAACCAACAAAGACCUCAUGGCGGAUAUAUACCAACGCCCCCACCGAGGCAGACGGCAGGGCUACAACCUUUGCCCGGAAAGCCGUCUGGUCUUGGACUUGAGACGACCGCCCGUCAAUCGUCUAUACUUCCUCCAGACAGGCCGCAAGCCCUAGACGUCCUUUUAACAGAUGCAACCUCCCGAGAUCUGGUGGGUCUACUUGAUGCCAAGCUGAAAGGUAGAUCUCCUGUUGUCUCAAUAUCUUAUCAUAAACAAAGCACAUAUACAUUCAUUUGGUUCAAUUUUAUCCAGACUGUGUCUGACUUUAUUUUCGCCAGUUGUCAAUUUGUGCAAGGUACCCCAUCUGCGUCCUUUAUCAUUAUUGUAGUAUGUCCUUUUUGA